AUGGCAUCCUCUCUCGCCGCACAGUUGGCACAGGUUGCCGCCAAGUCGACGAAUCCUCUCGACCUCAAGGCGCAACGGGUUGCGCAUUCAAAAUCUCUGAUCUUUGAAUACAAAGUCGCCAAAUCGCAAGACUUUGACACAUUAUACCAAAUUUGCAAUGAUGCAUUCCAGGAGCUAUGUCGACUGGACGCACGAUUCACGGAGUUCGAGCGAACAAUAUUCAGCGUACACAGCAAGACUGAAGAUCGUGCGGAAAUGACUGCGGCACAAAAUAAAGAGCUCGAUGCUGCACUGGAAUCAUUUAUGGGCUUGGUAGGAGGAAAGUUGCAACUGACUCCAGCAGUCAAAGCAUUGGAGUGGCUUAUCAGACGAUUUCGCGUCCACGAGUUCAAUACUGCUUUUCUUAUCCUUACUUUCCUUCCAUACCACUCGUUACCGAUCUUCCUUAACCUUUUGAACAUAUUACCGGACGAUUUAACGCCGACUUUCAAGUUUCUCCAACCCUACAGGACGGAGCGGGUUAAACCUCCAAUGGAAGCCAUAGUUCGCGCCGCAGCAAAAACUCCUUCUUUCUCAUCAGCUCUCAACAAUUAUACCCUCCAAGUCUCGAAACAAAAGGCACAUUACCAUGGAUUGUUGGCAUUCUGGUCCGGUGUAAUGACGCAGGCAUGCUCGGAGAUGCUAGUGGCUGGACGUGCUGGGCGUCGAGACGUUGAAAAGAAAAACCACGAAGAUAUUUUUAUUCGACUUUUACCUAUAUUGAAUGACGGGCUGGCGUUGAAAAAAAUAUCGGAAUUGGUUAUCGGGUGUUACAUGAUCAUUGUCGUAUUUGUCACGAAAGCGGCUCUGACAGAAGAUGUUCUUGAUACCUUGAUGACUGUGGUGGCAGGUUCCUGGACCCAAGAAACAGUGAACUCUGCUGUAGUGACACUGGCAGUUCUAGCUGAGCAGAAAUCCAACCCCACACUACCCAAGAAAGUCGUUCGCUCUAUCACGAAACUUGACAGCCCUAUCAAUCUCUUGACGGACGUCGCUUCCCAGCAUAGGGCCUCUCGACUCUCCCUCGGCUUAAUUGGUGGCUGUCUUGAGAGCUUGCAAAAGGACGAUUCUGUAAAAAGCCUAACCUUGGUGUCACAGAUCUUCCAACAAGGACUUUUGGAUGAAGGCGCCAGUAAGCAGGCUUUGGAAAUGCUGUUUCAAUCCACCAUGGAUGCUCAGAAAAGCGACAAUCUGUCACUGGACGUGCAAACCCGAGUGUCCGACCUGGUGCAGACACUCAACGGUUCCGAAGUUUAUCGACCACUUCUGCAAGCUGUGACCACGAAGACAGAUAUGGAUAUAGACAUUCUAGAGCACAGUCUUCAAACCAUCAUCAGAGCUCAACCUGCUCUUCCGGCCAGUGAAUAUGUUGAAAUGAUAGAUAUUGAAGAAGAGCAAGAAGUUGAUAGUUUCACACCGUUGCUGCAAUCUCUCGCAAAGGAGCCUCUUGCGUGUUCAUCGUUUCUUUCUCUGGAGACUUCGCCUAUCUUUGAGCAGGCGGUUCAAGCUUUCACACUUGCUGUCGACUCCUCUGACAAGCUUAAACAAAUAUCCAGUCUCCCAUUCUUCGGGAAGUCUCAACUACUGGAGAAGCCUCAAUAUCUGUCAUUCCUUGUUAGGGUAUUCUCUGGGCCAUAUGCAAUUCGCACUAGGGUUGCUGCUAUAGAGUUGAUUUCCACCUCUCUUAAAGCAGAGGAGCCAGCAGCAGAUUUGCAAGCCUUACUUCCAUAUAUAAUCGCAGCUUUCGCCGACCCAUCACACGCCAUCAGGACAGAGGCUGCCAAGCUUUUCAGCAAUCUUAUUUGGAUACAACGCAAAGCAAAGAAAGAAAGCGAUACCAUCUCCCCAUGGGCCAAAGACAGCCUCUACGAACAGCGAAAGGAGAUUCAGGCGGUGUGGUUAUCAACUUCCGAUGCACAAAAGAUUAUUGAACGCGUGUUGCUCGAUGGUUUGGAGGGUUUUGUCCACGAUUCGCGUCAUGUCAUUUCCACAACCCAAAAGGCACUCAAGGGCUCCAACUCUGAUUCCGACAAAGAAACUGGUACCGAGUUGAAGAAAGGUCUCAGACAGAACUUUUUGCAGUUCUUAUGCUGCCAUAUCAUUGCAACACCAGUCUUCCAAGUCAAGCUCACCCUCCUCAAAAUUGUCAAUGGCGUGGACAAGGUUGGUUCUGUGACGCGAACCAAGCUGUUGGCACCCUUCAUUGAUUCCUGGCGUGCUCUUUCUGAAACGCAAAUCUCUCAGAUUUGCGAUAAAGAAAAGAUCGAUUUGCCCGAGUUGGAGCAAGAAGUUGCUACCACCAUCAGCCCCAAGGAUUCGGAUGCUGAAAAGAUCUUGUUCACCAACCUCGAAAAAUCAAACAUCAGGCCUACAUUUGUUUCUGCUGUGUUCAUGCGCAUUGAACGGAUUUGGAAUAAACUCGGAGGAGACAGGCAAAAUGCAUCUGCACAAAAACUUUUUGCCUUCUCUUUCAAGGGUCCUGAAUCAGUACAAAGUUAUGCAAAGGAAACACUCCGCAAUGUGUCCAUCAGCGGAUCAAUUCUCGUUGAUUUCCUCAACAGGAUACCCGAGUUUGUUGCCGCAUUGGAGAGCCACAGUCCCUCUCCAAAGAGGCGACGCACAAACCACAACAAUGCUGUUGCUACUUUAUCUGAUUCUUCUGAGUUGGACGAGGUCAUGGGCAAGGUGACGUUCAUCCUCGAACUUGUCGAUAAUUCUGUUCCUGAAGAUCAUCCUGAACUUACCGCAGGCCUCUUCAAAUCAUUGGCAGCUCUACAUCACCUCAAAACCAGAAUCCAGUCGAGUCUCGGUUAUCUCCUCAGCCUGGUUCUUGGUAGUUUGUUGGCCAUUGUUAACAAAGCGAAGAAGUCGUCAAAACCGUCCUUUGACACUGCUGCUAUCCGGACUGAUCUGGUCGUCGACUGUGUUAGAAGCUCCGAGAGCCCUCAAGUACAAAACACCGCUCUUCUCUUGGUCUCUGGCCUUGCCGUCAUUGCUCCUGAACAGGUCCUCCACAGCGUCAUGCCAAUCUUCACAUUCAUGGGAUCCAGCGUUCUGAAGAAAGAUGAUGACUACUCGGUAAUGGUAAUCGAUCAGACAAUUGACCAAGUUGUGCCGGUUCUUGUUCAGUCAUUACGCAACCAAAAGCGCGACAUUGUUGCUGGAACUUCCGAACUUCUUCUCAGCUUUACAUCUGCCUUUGAACAUAUUCCAUCUCAUCGCAGACAGCGCCUGUUCCAGGCAUUGGUUAGCAAACUUGGUGCAAAGGACUUCUUGUUUGCAGUUCUGGCCAUGCUUGCGAACCUUCAUGGUCUAGACAAGAACGUAUCUGUCUUGAUGACUUACUUGGCUUCUAAUCUUGAUCCUCAAGACCAGCUCAUCACUUAUCAAAAGUACCUAAGCCUGGUCAGCGAUGCCUUGAAACCAAAACCCGGUAUUUCUCAGAUACUAUUGGGUGUUGGAAACGAGGGUGCAAAGGACAAGCACAUUAUUGCGGAAAGUCUGCUGCGGUCGCUUUCCUACUGCUUGAAGCACUCUAGCUUGAAAGCUCAGAUGGCUAUCGUCUUCAACUCUGAUGCAGAAGAAACGGUCACUAAAGUGGCUGGUCUCUUCUCUCAGAUUCUUGAACAAGUCCUGGUUAUGUCCGAUGCCGAUGCCGUCCAAGAUGUUAAGUCUUUGAGCAACGCAUGCAGCGAGACUCUUGGAUCAGUGUUGGGAGUCCUGUCUCUUGUCGACCUUCUUGACACUAUCGAACAGCUUCUGCAAAGACCUAGCCCAGAUCUUCGCCGCAAGGUCCUUCGCUUACUGGAAACCCGACUCCGCCAACAGCCCGAACGCGAAGGUGCGGCCCAGAACAGAGUCCUGGAAUUCAUCUCCUUCCUUAACCAAGUUGUUGAAACCUCGGAUGAUGUACUGCUCAAACAUGCUGCUAUCGCCUGUAUCGACCGAAUCGCCGAGAAAUAUGGCCGCAAGAACCCAGACAUGGUACUGCCAUCGGCUAUGGUCAUCGGCAGUGAUUCUUGCCUUGGUCAAGAAGACAACAGAAUUCGCGUUAUGGGUCUGUUGUGCCUCGCAUCGAUGGCAGAAGUGCUUGGCGAAGGCAUUAUUCCUGCUCUUCCAGAAAUACUCAAGAAAUCCCUCGCGCUCUUGGAAAGCAGUAUGGAAGGAACCGUCAAUGAGCAACUCCACAAUGCUGUCUACUCUUUGUUAUCUGCUCUUUUGGUGCAAGUUCCGUUCAUGCUCUCCGGCAAGACGCUCGACACGAUUCUUCGACUAUCUUUCAAAUCUGCCGAGCUUGGAUUGUCCGAUGAAGGAAACGAGACUCGCCGUGAUGCCUUGAAACUCAUUGCGAAGAAGUUCGAUGUCAAGGAAUCAUAUGGCGCUGUUGAGAGGAAUUGGACCAUUGCAGUCUCGUCCGGACCGAUUGCUACGAAGGAAGUCCUCGACAUUAUCAUCCUCGCGAUUGAGAAGCAUCCCAAGUCUGCUACUUCAAAGAACGUCGGCAUUCUCUCGAAGUUGUUAUACCGUGCAUUCGAUCUACGCCGAGAACAGCAGUCCUCGGAGUCAACCCCUCAAUUUGAGGAAUCCCAACUUCAAGCAAUCGAAGAUCUCGUCAAUAACGUUGCUAUCAAGAUGAUCUUCAAGUUGAACGACACCAUCUUCCGUCCUCUCUUCAUGGAGAUCGUGGAGUGGGCGACGAACGGCGUUUCCAAGAGCGAUACCAAGGGCCGAAUUCUUCGAUUGACUUCCUUCUAUAUGUUCUUGCAGAAAUUCUUCGGCACGCUCAAGUCGAUUGUCACUAGCUAUUCAAACUACAUUAUUGAGAAUGUUAUUGAGGUUCUUGAAUUUGCCAAGCCGAAUGUGAAGGAGUCGAAGGAUCUGUGGUUAUCUGCUGUUCGGACGCUUAAUGCCGCAUUUGAGCAUGACCAAGAUGCGUUCUGGCAAUCUCCAUCCCACUUCAACGGCAUCUCCAAAGCCCUCAUCUCUCAACUCCCACGGGCCACCAACUCAAGCACCGCAACCAUUAUCAUCGACGAAGUGGUACCAGCCCUCUCCGAACUCGCAGUCGCCACCGACUCCCCCGAUAACUACAAGGAAAUGAACACCGCACUCAUGAAAUAUCUCCGUCCUUCAACCAGCACAGCCACAGAAGGCGGUGACAGUGCACAUACCCGACUCGCUGCACUCAAAGCCGAGCAGGCGUUGACCGACCGCCUGGGCGAAGAAUGGCUCACCUUGUUGCCGGAGAUGUUGCCCUACAUCAGUGAGUUGAUGGAAGAUGAGGAUGAAAUGGUGGAGCGAGAGACGAGGAAGUGGGUCAAGGGUAUUGAAGAUAUACUUGGAGAAAAGCUUGAUGAUAUGUUGACUUAG